AUGGGUGAUUAUUCAAAACUUGCUGAAAAUCAUGAACCUGAAAUACAAGCACUCGCCUUAUCACCCGAAACACAAGCUGAACUUAAUACAGGCUCUGAUGGUCUUUCUUCUGAAGAAGUUAUUCUUCGCUUUCAACGAGAUGGCCCAAAUCUCCUUCCAGAGAAGCGUGAAAAAUCUUGUCUAUGAUACCUCGGCUACCUGUGGGGUCCCAUUCCAUUAAUGAUAUGAGCUGCAAUUACAUUUGAAAUUCUAAUUGACCCCCUUAACUAGCAAACAAUUUUUUUUUGCUCAUUAAAAAGGGUUUUAAUUUUUUUCUUGUUAUAAUUUUUGUCGAAAUUUUAAAGAUUAAUUAUAUUGCAUUAAUUACAGUUUUAAGGUGUCUAACGCCGCACCUACUAAAGGUACAGAGCCAAAAUGGUGACUUCUCGAGCAUUACCGAUCCGAAAAGGUCAGACCAUCCCAAAUAAACAGCCUGCCACCCUGGCCGGCGUUUCUCACCCGACGCGAUGACGUCACUCUUUCCUGACUCAGCUCCUGCAUGUGUCUGCUUAAGGGUCAUCCUCCUCGGAUACUCUGAGAGGUAAAAUUCUUAGCCUCUUGGCUGCACUGUUGAGCAGUUCCUCUGGCUAUCCCAAAGUUAAACUGCUGUUGUUAUGCAGAAGUUCUCAAGAGAAACCCAAUCCCAUAAAUAAAAUUCCAUGAAGGAGAGAAAAUUAGCAAAACUAACUUGUCUCGAGCCGAAUGCCAUUUUAUUUUAGAAAUUUUAAAGAUUCAAAUUGGUAAAUAUUUGAAAUGAAAAACCUGAUUUAAUUUAUAAAAUUUAUAUCACUAAAAUACAAUAUAAUUUUCUUUUGAAAUUUCUGUUAUAGGUAUUAAUUAUAUAUUAAACAAUAAUUCUAUUCAAAAAAAGUUUAACAAAAGGGUUAAUUUUCCCCAAAAAGGGAUGAUUAAACAGUUUUACUUUCUAGCCAAGGGUGAAUAAGAGACGCAUGGGUGAGCUUUUUUGUCCUUUUAAUACUUCAGUUUAUUAAUGGAAUUAUGAAAUGAUAUCAAGAUCGAGGAUCAAGAACUUCUAUAAAGAAGCUCAAAACCAGCCUCCUCCCCCAAACCUAUGUGAAACGAGAAGGGAGAUGUGAACAAGUCGCAUCAAAAGAUCUCGUGAUUGGAGACCGCAUUAAAAUUAAAAUUGGAGACAUUGCCCCAGCUGACUUAGUUUUGUGCGAAGGCAGCUGCGAGUUUGAUUUGUCCUCGAUUUCUGGAGAGAGUUUUCCAGUGAAAAAAGGAGAAGGACAAGUGGUGUAUCAAGGCUCUAUUUGUAAGAAAGGAGAAAUGGAAGCGAUCGUGCUGGCUACUGGAAUUAGGACGUUUUUGUAUAAGUCAAAACAGAAAUUUACAGUCAAAAGUGAGAAAACAUCGUUUGAAAAAGCAAAUUUUUGAAUUUCAGUGUCUUUGCUAAUCGUCUCAACAAUGCUGGUAGGAGUUAUUUUGGCUGUCGUACUUGUGAGAGGAAAUGAUAUUUUGGAAUCCUUGUCUAUUUGCACAGUUCUUUUGGUUGCUUCAAUUCCCAUCGCUAUGCAGUUGGUAUGCACAACUGUUUUGGCUGUUGGAGCCAAUACUAUGGCAUCUAAAAAAACAAUAGUAGCAAGAUUGAAUUCAAUAGAAAAGCUAGCAGGGAUGAAUUUGCUUUGCGUAAAAAAAACUGGGAUGCUUACCAGAAAUGAUUUGACUGCUCAACAGCCUGUAUUAUUAAGAAGAUAUACAAUAGAAGAUAUAUUCUUAUCAGCCGGCCUUGCCUCAAAAAGAACUCCAGGUUCCCAAGACCCUAUUGAUAAAUGCAUAACUGAGUAUGCGACUCAAAAAUGCAGAAUUAAUUUUCAAGCUUAUGAUGAGUUAGAAUUCAUACCCUUUGACUCGAAAAAGAAAAGAUGUGAAGUUUUAGUCCAAAACACCCGCACUGGAGACAGAUUCAAGUGCACUAAAGGCUCUCCACAAAUUAUCCUAGCAAUGGCCCAAGAUCCGGAGAUAGAAAAUGAAGUCACUAAACAAGUAGAAGAACUCUCUGUAAGAGGAUAUAGGGCUAUUGGCGUUGCAAGGACAAAUAAAGAUGGGAAAUGGUCCAUGAUCGGACUAAUUCCUUUAUAUGACCCACCAAGAGAAGAUGCAAAAGAUUCUAUUGAAAAAGCAUUUCAAAUGCAAAUUGGUAUUAAAUUGGUAACUGGCGACCAAAUGGCUAUAUCAAAAGAAACUGCCAAGUUAUUAAAUUUAGGAGACAAAAUAUAUCAUGGAGAAAUUGUCUGCUUUGACACAACUGAAGAGCAAAAGGAAAAUCUUGAUAGUGUGCUGGAUCAUGCAGAUGGAUUUGCUGAGGUAUUUCCAGAGCAUAAAUACAUUAUUGUGAAGCUUUUACAAGAAAAAGGAUACAAAGUAGGAGUCAUGGGCUCAAAUGUAAAUGAUGUAGCUGCUCUUAAAAAAGCUGAUGUAGGGAUUGCUGUUUAUGGAGCUCUUGAUGCUGCGAAAUCUGCGUCUGAUAUUAUUUUAACCUAUCCAGGACUUUCUGUAAUAAUGGCAGCCGUUCAUGAAGCUAGAAAAACGUUCCAAAGACUGAAUAAUUAUUAUACCUACAGGAUAGCUUGCACUUUGCAGCUUUUGCUUUUUUUUGCUACAACAAUGAUAUUAAUUAAUCCUAGCAAAAAGCACUGCAACCAGGGAGAUUGUGACAAAGUGCCGAAUACCUUUGCAUUGCCAGUGAUAUCUCUUGUAAUAAUCACAGUUUUAAAUGAUGGAACUAUAAUCUCUAUUGCUUAUGAUAAUGUAGCAGCCAACACAAAGCCUUAUAAACUGAGUUUGUCAAUGAUACUGUGGAAUUCGCUUAUUUUAGGAAUCAUUCCGUAUGUAUCUUCUGUUGCUUUAUUAUUAAUGGCAAUUGGGCAUAUGGAUACUAAUCAUCCAAAUAGAAUCCUCAAAUUCUUUGGGAUUGGGGCUUUGAAUUAUGGGGAGAUUUUAACUAUGAUGUAUCUUAAAGUAUCGCUUUCAGAUUAUCUCACAGUGUUUGCUGCAAGGACUUCUGAUUGGUUCUGGUCAAGCAAGCCUACAAAACUAUUAAUGUUUUCAGCUGCAGUAGCCAUUUUGAUAGCUACAUUAUUAUCUGUUUAUUGGUUCUUGCACUACUUUGAAUGGACAGAUGAGAAGAGUGAUUUUCCAAGCAUGAAGCCUAUUGGAUGGGGCACUGCAGGAUUUGUAUGGGGUUACAAUAUUGUUUUCUUCAUAUUCCAAGAUUUGAUCAAAGUAUUUAUUCAUAAACAGCAGCAAGUGAGAUCUCAGAAUGAAAAUUAUUACCUUUCCAGUGGAGUCGUUGAUGAAAACUUUUUAGUAUUCACUGGAAGUGUUCAAAGCAAAAAUUCAAUUGUAACAAAAAGAUCAAUGAUCGCAGCAAAUGAAGACUAA